AUGUCGGCGCCACGAUGUCUUCGCAUAGCUAUUGAAGCAUGCCGCCCUCAGAAGAACACAACUGUUCCCCUUCGGCCUCGUCUUUCAGCUCCAUCCCAUCCACAACGGUCGAUACGGGCCUUCUGCUCAAGUACACCCCAGCAUGAAAAGGACAGUAAAGACAAAUCUCUAGAGACGGGACCGAUUGAUAUCACAGCGGGCUUCCCAACACCAGAAAUCGGAUCGUAUACAAUCCAGGAGGCCUACGAGGAAGAGAGAGUACCGGUCAAACAGGGCAAGAGAGCAGAUGACGUUGCGGCACCAACGGCCAAGGCUAAGCAUACACCGACUUCGAUACAGCGGUCAAAGAAAAAGCCGGACCUGGUGUCAGAAACUCAAGCCCAGGAACUACAGCAGACGUCGGCAUCGACUCCGUCAAGAGCACAGGAAAAGGCGCAACCACGGCCCUCGACAAAGUCAACCCCCAAAGCCACCAGAAGCUCGCCAUCCACGCCCCAGCUCUCUUCGUCUGAGACGGCCGCUCCCGCGCCGGGAGAUGAGAGUACAAAACCAAACGUCCCGCCCAAUGUCCUCGCCGCCUACCGCACCCCGCUCUACCACCCUACAACCCACGGCAUCCCGGUGUGCCAACUCCAACUCCGCUCGUUCAGCACACGCAACCUCGAGUUCUUCGCCGACUUUUGCGUCCGCGUCGCCUACUAUCUAUCCCUGCCCUGUAGGGGUCCCACGCCGCUCCCGAAAAAGAUCGAAAGAUGGACGGUUCUCAAAAGCAACUUUGUCAAUAAAAAAGCGCAGGAGAACUUUGAGAGGAUCACCAUGAAGAGAUUGAUCACGGUGUAUGAUGGACAUCCAGAAGUGGUGGAGACGUGGUUGGCGUUUGUGAGAAAAUGGCAGUUUUAUGGAGUCGGCAUGAAAGCGAACCUGUGGGGUUGGGAAGGCGUCGACGUUGCCUCCAAAAUGGACCACGACUUCACAUCUCUCGAGAAAGAACUCGAUAGUAAGUUGCGCCUGUUCGGUUUCAACAAGACGGCGGGCAAGAAGAACGAUUUGCUCGGGUUACUGGAGAGGCAGGGACACAGGCGGGAGGGCGUUGGCAUGAGUGAGGUUCGAGAGAAGAGCAGGACGACUGAAGAUCCUUGGUAA